AUGAAGUUCUCCGCUGUCCUCGCUGCCCUUUCGGCCUCUGCCGUCAUCGCCGCCCCCGGCGCCGAGUCCUCCCCCAACAACUUCGGUGCCAUCGAGAAGCGCGCCUCCUUCCCCAUCCCCGCCUCCAAGGGCACCGUCACCUACAAGGCCGCUCAGUCCGUCAAGGGCACCUUCGAUGGUGGCAUGAAGACCUACGGCCGUGGCGUCAAGUGCACUGGCCAGGCUGAGGGUGGCGACAAGGACGCCGUCUUCCUCCUCGAGAACGGCGCUACCCUCAAGAACGCCAUCAUCGGUGCCGACCAGAUCGAGGGUGUCCACUGCAAGGGCUCCUGCACCAUCAACAACGUCUGGUGGACCGCCGUCUGCGAGGACGCUCUCUCCCUCAAGGGUGACGGCAACGCCUCCAUCAUUGGUGGUGGUGCCCGCGGAGCCGAGGACAAGGUCAUCCAGCACAACGGUCUCGGCACCGUCACCAUUGACGGCUUCACCGUCGUCGACUUCGGCAAGCUCUACCGCUCCUGCGGUAACUGCAAGACCAUGGGCAAGCGCACCGUCGUUGUCAAGAACGUCAAAGCCUACAACGGCAAGAUGCUCACCGGCAUCAACUCCAACAAGGGUGACACCUCCACCAUCACCGGCACCUGCGCCACCUCCGUCAAGGAGAUCUGCACCGAGUUCCAGGGCACCACCCCCGGCAACGAGCCCAAGAAGAUUGGCAGUGGCCCGUCCAGCGCCUGCAAGUACUCCACCCUCAAGGCCUGCUAA